AUGAAUAGUGAAAAAAUCAUUCCCCUUGUAGUGUUCAUUGUAGUUGUGCUAUUCGUUAAGAUGAGUGAUGUGAAACACAUUUGGGACAAGCAGAAAACUAAUUUCCGCAGCACAAUGCCAGUCAGGGAAGGCCCUAAGCGGCCAUUGGUCGGCGUUAUUGAUGAUGGCACCAAGACUGUUAGAUUUGUGAUAUAUGAAGCUGGCCGAUCAGAUGAGCUGGUGGCCUAUCAGAUGGACAAGACAGAGGUCCAGCCCCACGAAGGAUGGUCAGAACAGGAUCCUCUAGAAAUUAUCCACCACAUCAAGUUGUGUGCUGAGAAUGCCAUCGAUCAAUUGGUGGAAUUAGGAUAUACCAAAGACGAUAUAGUAGCGUUGGGCAUCACAAAUCAGAGAGAGACAACGAUAGCCUGGGACAAAUAUACGGGCGAGCCAUUGCAUCCUGCUAUAGCAUGGAAUGACAUCAGAACAGACAGCACUGUAGACGCGAUCCUUGCCAAGAUCCCAGACCGAAACAAGAAUUACUUUAAGAACAUUUGCGGUCUGCCGAUAUCACCUUAUUUCAGUGCUUUGAAGAUGCGCUGGUUGAAGGAUAAUGUGAAGGCUGUUAGACGAGCUAGUAGGGACAAGAGGCUGUUGUUUGGGACUGUUGAUACUUGGAUCGUGUGGAACAUGACCGGUGGACCCCACGGUGGCCUGCACAUAACUGACGUCACGAACGCGUCUAGAACUCUUCUCAUGAAUCUGGAAACUUUGAAUUGGGAUCCUAUUCUGUGCAGGUUGUUCGGUAUCCAUAGAGACACACUGCCCACAAUUAGAAGCAGCUCAGAAAUAUACGGCACCGUGAAAGAUGGCUCCAUUGUUGACGGAAUCAGGAUAUCUGGCAUACUAGGAAACCAGCAAUCAGCCCUCGUAGGCCAGAACUGCCUCCAAGCUGGUCAAGCAAAGAAUACAUACCGUAGUGGUUGCUUCCUUCUCUACAAUACUGGUACACGUCGCGUGCAGUCCACGCAUGGACUUAUUACUACCGUGGCUUACAAAUUGGGACCUGAUACGCCCGCUGUUUAUGCUUUAGAGGGUUCCAUAGCCGUAGCAGGUGGAGCAAUGAAGUUCCUGCGCGACAACCUGCGACUUAUCAAGGACGUCGUACAAGAUACAGAACAUAUUGCCGGCCAAGUAUUCUCUACGGGAGAUGUGUACUUUGUACCGGCUUUCAGUGGAUUAUACGCGCCUUAUUGGAGGAAAGAUGCUCGAGGAAUAAUUUGCGGUUUGACUGCAUUUACAACUAAGAAUCACAUCAUCAGAGCUGCUUUAGAAGCUGUGUGCUUCCAGACGAGAGAUAUCCUAGAAGCCAUGAACAAAGACUGCGGCAUGCCCCUGGCCAAGCUCCACGUGGACGGCAGGAUGACCUCGAAUGACCUUCUCAUGCAGCUGCAAGCCGACCUUAUUGGUAUACCUGUGUUGCGUGCCCAGGCGUGGGACAUGUCGACGCUGGGCGUGGCCGUGGUGGCGGGCGGCGCCGUGGGCGUCUGGAGCACCGACAAGUGGAGGACGCACGCCACGCUCAACGACACCUUCCUGCCUACUACCACUGAUGAUGAUCGCGACGCAAGAUACACAAAAUGGAAGAUGGCAGUACAGCGAUCACUCGGCUGGGCGACGACUAAAAAAUCGUUCACCAUGACAGGUCAGGCCAAACGAAAGUGUAGCAUGAUGACUCAACAAAGCAUUGACGUACCAUCUCUACCGGACAGUAGGAAAAACUCGCUUUUUGAAAACCACAACAUAAACUUAUUAGACAUAAAAUCCGAUAAAAACUUCGAUGAAGGCGUUAAUUCUUAUGUAGAAGAGCUCUUACAGUAUUCAGCUCGAAAAUUCUCCAUUUUCGUCCCCGUCAAAAAACGUGUAACCGAACAUACAAUUUUAGAUGACGCGGAGUAUUUUAUGAGCAAAAAGGAAUGUGAUUAUGGCAUGUGUGAGUGCUGCCCUCCUGAGAAGAAGGUGCAAACUAACUGGCAAUCAGUCGAGGAGAUUAUCGAGAAUGAUCCGGAAAUUAUUUUCGAUUGUGAUGAUAACCCUAUAAUGGUUGAGCGAGUUAGGACCGCUGAGCCAGUCUUCCUAACUUCUGCGCUAAGCAUGGGCGCUGCGAGUUUGACGAAGAAAAUUAACUUCGAAAAGCUCCCGGCUCUAUUUAAGACUAUUUAUAAUAAAAUCUCCAGUCCUUUAACGUGA